CAUGUUCCCUGCAGGAGGCGGAGGGGCUGAGAAAUGAGCCCCCUCACAGAGAAGGAGCCAAUGAGCAGCUUUCCCUUCCAGGCUCGGCAAAGGGGACUGAAGAGCCCCAUGGCGGCCUCAGGGGAGGAGAUGCUGGUGGGUCAGCUGGGCCAGGAGGCCACCUGCCCGCUCUGCCUGGACUUCUUGGAGCAGCCGAUGAUCCUGUCCUGCGGGCACAAUUUCUGCCACCGCUGCCUGGCCCAGCUGGGCGCUGAGGCUUCCUGCCCGCAGUGCAGAGUCAGGGUGGAGCCCGUCAGCGCCUACCCCAACCAGCCCCUGGCCAACAUUGUCUGCCAUUUGAAGAGGCGUUGGCUGUCGGAGGGAGCCCAGGAGGAGAGUAACCCUUCCCCACCCCUGUCUUUGUGCCGGAGUUAUGUGGUGGGGUGCGUAGAGAGCGCCUCUCCCAGGCUGCAAGGCAGACUCCGGACCCUCAUGGAGAAAAAUGCUUCUGUAAGGCGGAUUGUGGACAGUUCCAAAGCCUCUCUGCAGACAACUCUGACCAGGAAGAACCUGGAGCGACUUCUGACCACAGAAUGCCCAGAUGUGCCAGAGAGGUUUGACCGGGAAUUCUGCGUCCUGGGCUCUGAAGGAUUCACCACAGGAUGGCACUGGUGGGAAGUGUCCGUGCAGGGGGACUACAAUUCCUUGGUGCGGGGCACAGCAUGGUGGGCCAUCGGGGUGGCCAAGGAGUCCGUCCCCAGGAAGGGGACCUUCCAGCUGAGCCCCCAGGAGGGAAUCUGGGCCGUGGGGAAGAGUGUUUAGGGGGUGACUGUCGAUUUUGAAACGUAUCAGCAGAAGCUGAGCUUGCAAAGGCCGCUGCGGAGGCUGUGGGUGAGGCUGGACUGCGAGGCACGAAAAGUGGAGUUCCUGGAUGUGGCAACAGAGGCUUCCCUCUACACCUUCCAGAUGGGGCCCCUCCUUGGGGAGACGCUCCGGCCUUUUUUCUAUCUGGGCAAGAUGGGGCUCACCCUUCAAUGUGAGGAAUAUCCUGUGGAAAGUAUGUGUGACUGAUAGUCCUCACAACAGUUGAUGUAGUGACCAAAGUUGAGGAGCUCAGCCCCACCUGGUGCCUUCAAGGCCACAUCUGGCAAGAGGACCAGAUGUCUCCCCUCCACGCGCCAUGCCCGACCUCCUUAUCCUUUUGCCAUGCUCAGUCCAGGCUGGUUGGGGGUUGCCAAGAGCUUCAUGGCUUUGACUGACUGAGAGGUGGUGGGGCUGUGACGCAGUGAUGCCUCCUGGCCCCUCUGAGCCCCCUUUGUCCCUUGUUCGGGCAAAACCCUUGAUGCCGCCUCCUGCCAGGUGCUGCACCCUUGUGCGUUAACACAAUGUUUCUCCACCUGGGCACCCAGGAAAUGUGCGGACUUCAACUUUCCCAGCCAGCAGAGCUA